ACAGGAAACGUCGUCUGCUGAAUCGGCUCGAAAUGUGCAACUAUUUCCGAGCGCUGUUGUAGAGAAUUAAAUUAUCUUUCAAAUGAGAUGAAAGCGAUUGUAGUACGGUCCAUAGGUUUUGAGAUAGUCAGUUUCAAAUGUACAAAAAAGAGUUUAUUCCGCUAUCGACAGUAGAGCUUUUUAAAAAUACUCUUCAUUUAUGAGAACGAAAGGAAGAGCAGAAGAUCAAAAUUCAAAAAGGAAUAUUAAAAUUAAUAAGAGUGCGAUGGGAAAUAAAGUGGCAACUUUCACUGAAGAGCAACUCGAAGAUUAUCAGGAUUGCACGUUUUUUACGCGCAAGGAAAUCUUGAGAAUAUUUAAGAGAUUUCGCGAAAUAGGAGAUCCUGGAAUGAUACCGCGUACUAUGACACCGCAAGAAGCGUCGUCUCUCCGUUUACCUUUGUCAUAUUUAGCUCGUAUUCCUGAACUAAAGGAAAACCCAUUUAGAGAACGAAUUUCAGAGGUUUUUACAAGACGCCAGGAAUCAGGACAGUCGAUAUUCAUUUCCGAUGGAAUAUGUUUUGAAGAAUUUCUCGAGAUGAUGUCCGUAUUUUCUGAACAGGCACCGCGGGAUCUGAAAGUCUUUUACGCCUUUAAAAUUUACGAUUUCGACGAGGAUGGGGUGUUGGGUCUGAGUGAUUUGGAACGCACCUGUCGGCAGCUGACUCGAGGUGGGCUAAGUACCGAAGAGGUAGCUACCGUGUGUCGAAAAAUUCUGGAAGAGAGCGACAUAGAUGGCGACGGGGCUUUGUCAUAUCUCGAAUUCGAACAUGUUGUAACUAGAGCCUCCGAUUUCAUGGCAACUUUCCACAUAAGAAUAUAAAUCGUGUAAUUAACGAACAUUACGCUAAGUUACAUGUAAGAGAUAUAUGUAAUGUAUGAAUCUUAAAGAAAAUCACACUUAAUCAUUCACAA